AUGAACUCCUCUUCUCCGUCCCCUACAAAGGGCGGCGUAAUCGACUCGCCCUUCGACUCGCCGACUUUCAAGUUGGACAUGUCUAUAAAGGUCGACGCACCCGUCGGAGCCAUGUCAAUUUCGCCAUCCAGCAGAGAUGUCGUGCUGGCUUCCAGGCAGGGACUACAUAUCGUGGAUCUGGACAACCCCUACGAUCCACCAAGAUUCCUACAGCAUCUGACCGCCUGGUCAGUGGCCGACGUUCAAUGGUCUCCGCAUGCAUCGCACUCGCACUGGGUCGUGUCGACGAACAACCACCGCGCGAUAGUAUGGAACCUGGCAAUGCCAUCGCACAAGGCGAUCGAGCACGUCCUUGCAUCACACACCCGGGCCAUCACGGACAUCAAUUUCUCAGCGCACGAGCCGAACGUCCUCGCGACAUGCUCGGUGGAUUCAUUCGUGCACUGCUGGGACCUGCGCGCUCCGCGGCGCCCAGCAAUCAGCUUCUGCGACUGGCGGGCCGGCGCCACGCAAGUCAAGUACAACCGCCAGAACCCGUACAUCCUUGCCAGCGCCCACGACCGGAACGUUUACAUCUGGGACACCCGCAUGGGAGCGCGAGAGAUCCGGAAGAUUGUGGCCCAUUCGACCAAGAUUUACGGACUGGACUGGAACAGGACACGGCCUACCGGUAUCGUGACUUGUGCGCUGGAUAAGAGCGUCAGGUUCUGGGAUUACGAAUAUGCGCCGCACGAUACGCCGGAGAGGAUCAUCCACACUCCGUUUCCGGUCUGGAGGGCGAGACAUACUCCCUUCGGAUGGGGUGUUCUCACGAUGCCGCAACGCGGCGAUACAUCGCUUUACCUGUGGGAUCGCCGCGCUAAGGGCACAAAUCAGGACGAACCGGUAAAGAGAUUCGAGGGACACACAGACAAUGUCAAGGAGUUUCUGUGGCGGUGGCGAGGUGGAGAACGCGAUGACGGAGGCGACAGUCGGGAGUUCCAGCUCGUCACAUGGAGUCUAGAUAAGGACAUCAGGCUAUGGGAUGUCAGCCAGGACGUCAUGGCGAAGAUCGGCCACGACCCGAAUAAGAAGAUGCGGUUCCGGGUCACCAGGAAGGGCGCAAAAUACAUUACUUUCCGUGAUACCGAUGCGGUGGUCAAGGAGUUUGCCGAGAAUCUGAAGGAGAAGGAGGACGGACUAUUUAUCGGGCAGAGCAAGGGCGGCUUGUCGCACGGCAUCGGCCAGCAGCUGAACGGGAAUCCCCCCAACGAUGAUGGUGAUCGGCGCUUCGAGAGGGCUUUGACUGGUGCCCGAGAAGGCGGAUUCAUGCGUGUUGGUCGUAGGAGGCCUCUCGAGAUAAAUCCGAUCACCUGGAUGAAGGGAGUGAAGAUCACUCGGAAGGUGCCGGAAGGCGAUGGCAACAUGGACGGCAGCCGUUCAAGUGCUCGUGGUGAUUUUGGCAUGAGCUGGGACACGCCGGAAAACCUGGGAGACGAGGUCUCGCUGGUGGGGUCCAAGCUUAAAAAUCUUAACUUCGAGAAAGUCAACAUCGCUACCAGGACCUGUACGGUCUCGCUCACUGGCCCCUGGGGACACGACGGCAAACGAAUCUUUGUUCGUGCGGAUAUUUCAUUCCCGGCGGAGUAUCCAUCCAACGGAUGCAGCAUUCCCGAAUUCAAGUUGGAGAGGACAAACAAUCUUUCUGACGAGAACAUCGACACGAUUGAUUUUCAGCUCCGACGGAUCGCGACGGCAUAUGUGGCCCGGAGACGUGUCUGCCUCGAGCCGUGUCUGCGCCACCUGAUGGGCGAGCUUGCCGACGAAUCUGAAUUCGCAGGAUCGGAUGACGACCAGGUCUCUUCUUCUGACGACGAGGAGAUUGUCAAUACCAGCAUCCUCGGGGACGAGGAGGAGGGCCUCAGCAGCUUGCUUAACAGCGCCAAGCAGGAGUCUGUUCCACUGCCGAAAGCCUGCGGUGCGAUAUGGGCGCCCGAUGGUCGGUUGGUAUGUUUUUUUCCGCUCAAGGAAGAACGGACGGCAGGAAAGGGUUUGCUGUCUUCCCUCGCAGCACGCGAAAACGAGAGAAGCAUGCGGAUUCCAGGCGGCGGACGGCUGUGGGAGGGUUUUGGAAGGCUUUACAUGAGUAACUCUGCGAGAGGUCGUGCCGACGAUGGCGACCACGAUAGCUCCGACACCUCCAACAGCUCCUACUCCAGCGACGACACGAGUGAUGGAGAUACCGAUCUUCAUCACACUGGCCAACUGAGAUCGAGCUUCGGCUGGAGACUACAAGCCAACUCUACAUUGACGCGGAUUCGGAGAGGUGGCAGCACAGACAGGAGUACGCAACGUAGCACGGGUACCGGAGUCAGAACUGCCGCCACGAUUACUCCCGAGAAGAAGAAGAGUGUCGCUUCGAUUCACGACUUUUCGUAUCUCCUCCCUGCAAAGAAGGAGCUUGCGUCUUUCUAUCAUAUCGGGGAAGGUGCUGAGGUGUGCAAGCAUAACGCGGAGGUCGCCGAGAGGUUUGGCUUGAGGGAUCUGGCCGACGUGUGGCGGUUGGUGGAGAUGGUGCUCUGUGACGACGUCCCGCUGGAAAUCUAUAAUAGCCCCAAGAACCACGGGGAGAUGGUCAUGGUCAUGGCUAGACGGGCGUGCUUGGAGAGUGGUCGCAGAGACAGCGGUCUGGGAAUGGAGUUUGACGAUGAUGAGGACACUAUGAUGGCGAUGCCGGAGAGCGAAUUCUGGGGAAAGGUCAAAUGGGGUAGCCAUCCGAUGGGCGGCCGCUGGUUGAUUGAGCAGCUCUUCGAGUACUUUGAGAGGAAGGCGGAUAUUCAGAUGCUGGCGAUGUUGAGCUGUGUCCUCUGCGAGACGGACAAUAGGAUUGGGCAUACCGAGCCAUCACCUGUAAAUGUUUCGCGCGACUACUAUGCCAGCAUCGAGAUGAUGCUGCAGUCCCAGCAGCAGUCGGUGGCGUUCUCGGUUUCGCCCUCGCAUCACUCAGCUAACCUGACUCCGAUGGGGACCGCGGGAUCGUACAGCUCAUCUGUAGGUAGCAGGAUGCAUUUCGGCAGUGACCCUCUGAUACCAUACUCGACCGGGACUACACCUCCAACAGCAGGUUUCCGCCUCGGCACAGAGGACUGGUCCGGCCCGAUCUCGCUCUCGGCGUCACCCGAACAGUCUCACAACCACAUGUUCCGCCGCAACCGGGCCUUCGGACCGGGCAAUGCGUCGCCACCAUCCAGAAGACAACCUCGCCCAUCGCCGGCCGAGAGCGUACUGGGUCCGUUCGCGAACUCGGCGGUUACGUGGGGGGUCACCACCACAUUCGGUUCGGGCAGUAAGGCAGCCUCCGACACGGUGACAGACUCAGACAGCGGCGACCCGAUGGACCCGAUCACGAUCACGAUGUUCAACGGCCCGCUGAUCGACGACGCGCCGCUGCUCUCCCCCAAGCGGCGUACAUUCUACCGGGCCUACCGCGAAGCCUACGCGGACCUCCUCUUCGCAUGGGGGCAUACGAUCUCGCGGCUCGAAAUGCUCAAGUUCUCUGCGCUCGAGCCGCCGCCGGCGUCGCCGAUCCUCCUGCCGGUCCGCAAAGCCGCGCCAAUGGGCCUCGAGAUCGCCGGCUUCUGCAGCAAGUGCGGCGGCGUCCUCGACGUCACCUCCGGCGCCCGCGGUGAGUGCAAGGUCUGCAAGCGCAGACAGGUCACGAUGAACUGCGUCGUCUGCGAGGUCAUCAUCAAGGGGUUGUACGGCGCGUGUCUCAAGUGCGGACACGUCGCGCAUGCGACGUGUUGGCGCGGUUGGUUCGACGGCGUAGGUACUAACAGCUUGGAUAGGGGUUGUCCCACUGGCUGCGGUUGUGUAUGCCUCUUUGAGGAGGAGGGCGAUCUGCUGGGGCCUGAGGUCAUCCUCGAGCCGCCCGUAGUGGGGACGCCCGGUGUCGAGAGGGACUGGGACGCGUUUGAGGGCGAGGAUCUGUGGUAGUACUGGAUUGUUGUGUGUGUGGGUAUAAUAUACUCUGUGAUUGUGUUCAUCAUGGGAGGUCACUCGUCAAGGUUCAUUUGUAAAAGUAGUGUACACUGGUAGUGAGAGCUAUAUCAUAUUCCCUCUUUCCCCACCCGCGCCUCUUUUCCACCGCCGCCGCCGUGGUUCUUUCCCUUCUUUCCCUUUUCCUUGUCAUGACCACCGCCUCCGCCUCAGUGAUUGUGUUCAUCAUGGGGGAUCACUCGUCUAGAGGAUCUAUGGGAAGGUUCAUUUGUAAAAGUAGUG